AUGAGUCUGGUGGGGGGCUUCCCCCACCACCCGGUGGUGCACCAUGAGGGCUAUCCGUUCGCCGCCGCCGCCGCCGCCGCUGCCGCCGCCGCCGCCAGCCGCUGCAGCCACGAGGAGAACCCCUACUUCCAUGGCUGGCUCAUCGGCCACCCCGAGAUGUCGCCCCCCGACUACAGCAUGGCCCUGUCCUACAGCCCCGAGUACGCCAGCGGCGCCGCCGGCCUGGACCACUCCCAUUACGGGGGGGUGCCGCCGGGCGCCGGGCCCCCGGGCCUGGGGGGGCCGCGCCCGGUGAAGCGCCGGGGCACCGCCAACCGCAAGGAGCGGCGCAGGACUCAGAGCAUCAACAGCGCCUUCGCUGAGCUGCGCGAGUGCAUCCCCAACGUGCCCGCCGACACCAAACUCUCCAAGAUCAAGACGCUGCGCCUGGCCACCAGCUACAUCGCCUACCUCAUGGACCUGCUGGCCAAGGACGACCAGAACGGCGAGGCGGAGGCCUUCAAGGCGGAGAUCAAGAAGACAGACGUGAAAGAAGAGAAGAGGAAGAAGGAACUGAACGAAAUCUUGAAAAGCACAGUAAGUAGCAACGACAAGAAAACCAAAGGCCGGACGGGCUGGCCGCAGCACGUCUGGGCCCUGGAGCUCAAGCAGUGAGGAGGAGAAGGAGGAAGAGGAGGAGGAGAAGGAGAAGAAGAAGAAGAGGAGGAGGAGGAGAGCGCGAGCCGGGCCCAGGAGCCGGAUGCAGACCCAGGACUCCGGGCAAGCUCCGCGCGCUCCGCUCUGAGGACUUCCUGCAUUUGGAUCAUCCGGUUUAUUUAUGUGCAAUGUGCCUCCCUCUCUUUGCCCCCCUUCGAGGCAUCCGCUCCCCACCUUCCCCUCCUAAAACA